UUGUCGCGUCCUUAACAGUUCAAUGGGUUCGUUCACAUCAGGCGAGUGUGUGUAGUUCCCUCGUUAGACAGUCUGUCCUGUAACUGCUUCUUUAAAGUUAUUGGAAGGAUUACCUCUUCAUAUAUCACGGAGGAGAAUAGGCAGCAUCAUGGUGAUGAGCAGAGUAUGGCAGCUGGUGAGGCGGCCUAAGGGAAAGCCCACCGUGGAAGACUUUUCUUGUCUAGAGGAGGAGCUGCCACCAUGUGCUGAUGGAGAUGUGGUGGUAGAAGCAGAGUAUCUUAGUGUGGAUCCCUACAUGAGGUACAUGGCCCGGCAGAUCCCACUCAACUCCACUAUGUAUGGCUCUCAGGUGGCAAGGGUAAUAGAAAGCAAAAAUCCUCAGUGGCCAGUUGGAUCUUGUAUGGUGGUCUACAGUGGUUGGCGGACACACACUCAUAUUCCAUCCGAUAAACUGCAGCCUGAUGACAAAUGGAUGUGGCCAUUACCAGAUAUGGGGACCCUUCCAAUAAGUCUUUGUGUUGGCCUUGUGGGCAUGCCUGGAAAUACUGCAUAUUUUGGAUUUCUGGAGCUUUGCCAGCCUAAAGAAGGGAACACUGUGCUCGUAAAUGGAGCUGCUGGAGCUGUGGGUAGUGCUGUGGUGCAAAUAGCCAAGAUCAAAGGAUGUAAAGUGAUUGCUUUUGCUGGCUCUGAUGAAAAGGUUGCCUGGGUCAAGGAACUUGGGGCUGACUAUGCUUUCAACUACAAGACAACAAAUAUUGGGGAGGCUCUCAGCCAGGCAGCUCCCGAGAAGAUCAAUUGUUUCUUUGACAAUGUUGGUGGACAGUUUACUGCUGAGGCACUGCCCUUCAUGGCAAAUUAUGGCCGAGUGGCGGUAUGUGGUGCUAUCUCCACAUACAAUGAUGACAGCAAGGACAUAUAUUCUCCUGGCUCCCUGAAUAGUCCAUUCAGCGAAGCUACUUUAAUAUGGAAAGAACUAAAGGUCGAGGGAUUUUUAGUUUUCCGCUGGAAGGAUCGCUCAUCUGAGGGUUUCAAGCAGAUGAUACAAUGGAUACAAGAGGGCAAGCUUAAGUACAGAGAGACAGUUGUUCAGGGAUUUGACAAGAUGCCAAUUGCCUUCAUUGGCCUCUUUGAUGGGGAGAACUUUGGUAAGGCUGUAGUAAAACCUUGAUCUUACAAGCUGAUGUCUUAUGUCGCACCUACAGUACAUAUUAGCAGUGUCAAAAAUUUUAUAAAAUUAUGAAGCAAAACCAUCCUAAGUAAUAGUGACCAAGUUUUCCCACACAGUACAGGGGGUUCCCACUUAUUGUUAUGAAUGCAUUCCUGAAAAAUGUAUUUUAAACAAAACUCCACUACUGUAUGUGAAUACAAUUUUCAAAAACCUAAUGUACUGUAAAUGUGGGGCUUAGGUUCUAGGGCAAAAUUUGUCAGCCAAAAGACAUAAAAAUAAUUUUAAAGUCAGACAAAUAACUUAAAAAUGGCAAAUGAGGGUGUUGAAACUUACUCUCCUUGCCAGUUCUGUUUGUCCAUCUAAAGUAAGAUGGUACCAAGGAAUAUAACACAUGAGUAUUGGCCAUAAUUUUCUCAACAUUAUCCCAAAUAGAACUUACCAUGGUGGGAGGCUAGCAUAGAAUGACACCAAUGUUAACAGUUCACACACCAACAUCAAACCACCUUAAAAACUCCAAUUAUGUACUAUAUCCAAGGUAAUUGUUUUCCUUAUUUUCUUUGUGUAUGAUCUUGUGAGGAAACACUGAAGAGGGCUUCAGAGGAGAAUGACAAGACUAAUCGCAGGCAUUAGAAACCUUGAGUACAGAGACAGGUUAAACCGUUAAAGCAUCUUAAUUUGCACUCCCUUAAGAUGAGUACAGUGAGGAGCGAUAUGAUCAAGGUGUAUAAAUGGAACUCAGGGCUAAACAAAGAUGUUAAAAUAAAGGUACUCAAACUAUCCAACCAGGAGUGAACUCGUAGCAAUGGUUUUAAAUUAGACAAA